AAAGUCAAAUAAUAACAAUAGUCCUGUAUUAUACUAAAAACGAUCUUUUUUAAUUUUAAAAAAAAAUAAUAAAAUAAACUUUUAAAAAAUGGCUAAUACAAUUAAAUAAACUGUUUUGUGAAAGUAAAAAUUCUAUUUAAUAGUUUAGAAAUAAAAGAAUUUGUGCAUUUAUUUAGAAAUUUGAAAAUAAACAAAAAUUUCUUUCCGAAUUUUGUGAAAACGGUGAGAGAAAAAAUGGGAAUAAUUCGAAUAUAAUAAAUGCGUUAUUCGAGAAUGAAGCGAAAACAAGAGGAAAUAUUCCGUUGGAAAUAAAAAAGAAGGAACGGAAGUUGAAAAAAAAGGAAGAGCCCUGGAAAUUUAUUUAAAAAAAUGAAGAGAAAUACCAGAGAAGAAUCGUCAUCAAUGGACAAUAAUUUAGAAAAACCUCGUCGAAGUUCGCUUCAAGUUAAUCUUUCGUAUCUCACAAAUUCCCCGGAUUCAUUUGAAGAAUUGUUGAACGAUUUUUCGUCCACAAUUAAUAAACCCAUAAGGCGAACGUCAUUAAAUUUAGAGAAACCCCAAAGGAACCUACCACGAAUAAUAAGCAUCGAGACACGUGGUAAUAAUUCAGAAACAUUCUCAAAAGAUAAAUUACUCAAUGAAAAUUGUUCGCAAUUACGUUCGGAAAUUUUACGUAAAACCAAAGAAUUAUAUCAGAAUAAUUCCGAAUUAAUGGAAAAAACCCAACAAGUUCUACAGGAGAAAAAGUCAAAUAAAAAAUUAGAGAAUUUCAAUUCCGAUUCGGAAUUUAAAAAAUCUCCGAGUAUAAAAAUUGUUUUGAAAGAAGACGAACAGCUAACAAUGUCAGCGACGAAAAAUACAGAGAAUUUACUUUCGGUGAAAAUAAUGAAAAGUCCCCUAACAACGAGGAAAAUGGAAACACCGAAAAGUUCUCGAUGUUUGCAAAUUACGUCGAAAUUAAGUAAAGGAGGUGAAGAAAAUAAUUUACCACGAAAACGUUUAUUUGCCGGUUUGGGAAAUUUAUCGACUAGUCCAAUUUUAAGUGGUGCGACGAGUAAAAAACGAGCGAAACAUGCUUCGAAUUUGGAGAGAUUGAAAAAUAAUUCAUUAAAAUGCUCAUCUAUUAAUGAAAAUUGCGAUGAUGAUCAAAGGCCGAAUGAUUCGAUGGAAAUGACGACAAUUUCAAGUCAUUUGCCAAUUGGAACGAGGAAUUCUUUUGAAGAAACGGGAAAAUGUUCGCAGGACAAAAGAAUUAUUUCCAUGGAACUCACGGAAAUUAAGGGGAAAAUUUUAUCCACUCCCUGGAAGAAUGGGGAAAAUAAUUCGAAUUCAAACGAUUCACUCACGAAUAGAACGUCACUUAAUGUUAAUACUUCACUGGAUCGAACUAGUCAACUUCUGGAUAUUAAAAAUGGGAAAAAUAAAAAUAGUCGAAAGUCAACAACAAGUUUCGAGGGAAAAAACGGAAACGAAAACGAAAACGAAUCGUUCGAAACGGCAAAAAAUGAUGAUCAAGAAGAGAAAAAUUCAAGUUUAGGAGAAACGGAAAAUUCGCCAUUGAACGAAACGGAAAAAAAUGAAAAUGGAAAUAAUAGAGAAAAUUGCGAAGAAAGCGAAAAAAAAUUAAUUGGCAAGAGAGUGAGAAAUUUUUCCCUAAGUCUAAAUGGUCGGGAAUUGGGGAAAAGAACGAGAAUUGAAGAGGAAAGAACGGGAUCAAAAAUUGUAAAUAAUGAGGGGGAAAAUUCGCAGACGUCGCCCAAGGGAUCGAAAAUUGAAAGACCGGAAAAUGUGAUUUCGAAGAGAAAGAAAUUAUUCAAUUUAGACUCGAAAUUGGAGAAAUCGGUGGUUAUUUUGGAGAGAAAUAAUGAAUCGUUUGAAGGGGGGGAGGAUUUUUUGAAACCAAGAACGAGUGAAAGGAGAAAAAUGAGAUCGUCAGUGAUUGAAAUUGGGGAAACUAGUCGAGUCGAAGUGACGCCGUAUCCAGUAAGUCGUUCCUUCAUGUGGAAAUCGCAAAUUAAACAAAAUACGAUUGGAAGUCAUUCGAAUGGUUCUUUGGAUAAAAGCGUUUCGUCAAUCGAUGAAGAGGCGACAGGGAAAAGGAGGAAAAAUUCUAAAGAGAAACACCCAGCUUUGGAUAGUUCGGAGUCAGACACAGAAUCACAAAAAAGAAAUACCUCUAGAGAAUCAGCACGUCGUCGUAGAAUAAGUGAGACGAGCAGUAAAAGUAGUUUAAAAAAUAAUGACACAUUAAAUGAAUCAACAACAUCAACAUCGUCGGCAUUAUCGUCAAAAAUGAAAAAAAAGAAAUUAUAUCCCCUACGUGGGCAUUCGGGACUAUUAACAAUGAGUCCAAUGAAUACUCCAACGCCAAAGGCAAAAGUCAUAAAAAAACAUCGUAAAAAUGUGAAAUGGCAAAAAAUGAAGGAAACACAACGUACGCAGAGAUUGGAAAGAACACAAUUAAAAAACACGGACACCGAUGAAUCGAAUACUGAAGAUUUAGAGGAAGAAAUUGUCGAGGUGCCGAAAAAACCGAAAAGAACGAGAAAAAUUGUGAGCAAGAAAAUAAUAUUUAAAAAGAAAUUGCCAAUUGAUAAUAAUGAGGAAAAAUUGAUUGACAAGGGGAAAAGAAGAGGGAGGAAUUUAAUUAAGAAUUGUGAAUUCUCGGAGAGUCGAAGGAGUUCAAUGACUGAUUUUGAACUUGUUGAGGAGAAGGAGCAGAGGAAGAAAAGCAGUAAACGAGUUCAUAUUGUUACGACCGGUUUUUCUAAUGGGGACAAGAGUAAAGUGAAGAAUGUUGUGAAAGAAUUGGGCAAAGCGGAAAUUGAAUCGAACGUUACGCGUAAAACGACACACGUAAUUAGUACAGGUGUACGAACAAUUAAUUUAUUAAAAGGAAUUCUUCGUGGUUGUUGGCUCGUGAGUUUAGAAUGGGUUCUAAAAUCGCAGACUGCGGGAAAAUGGAUCAAUCCCGAGCCUUUUGAAUUGGCACAUUUCUCGGAAUCCGUCAAGGAAAAUCGACGAGAACGACAAAUAUUUGGCAAUGCCUAUGUACCUGAAUUAUUUCUCAAUUGUGGAUUAAUUCACGUCAACGGCGGCACAAAUCCCUCGCCUCCAAUACUCAAGGACUUGAUAAAAUUAGCCGGCGGUCAAAUAACAGAAAAUCCAAAAGAGGCAAAAAUUAAAAUUGGAUCCAACGGUCUGAGGGAAAUUUGGAUUUUGGAUUCGAUAACCAGUGGAAAAAUUCAACCGGAAAAACAAUAUCGUCAAAGAACAUGAUUGUAUUUCAUUUAUUUGGUGUUUAUUCUUUUCUCAGUUUGUUUGUUUGGUACAAAAAAAAUAUUGUACUUAUUGUAUAGAAAUAGUUUUGCUUUUUUCUUGUUGUAUAAAUUAUUGUUAUUAUUAGCUUAGCUAUUGCAUUUAUUAGUCUCUAAGAUUCUCAAUUAUUAUCAUAUAAUUGUAUCGGAAAAAAGAGUUUAAAAGUUAAUAAUUUAUAUUUUAGAGAAUAGAAUUAAUUAUAUUUUGCUAUAAUUAUUACUCUGUAAAUGAAAUUGCGAUAUUAGAAAUGAAUUGCGAUAUAAGUCUUUAAAAAAAAAGAGAGUAAAUAUAUUUUUGUCUUGUAAAAAA